CUGUGGAUACAAAAAAACUGCGAAAUCAAGGAGAGGGACAGCGCCCAGAAUAACUGUAAACCUCUGCAAACUGAGUGCAGCAUCGUGUUGGAAAUGAGACUCCUGUCAUAUUCUCCGGGGUGUCUGACGUUAAAACGGAGGACAUGUCCUUCGGUUUGUUAAAGCCACAGUGCUACACUCAACUCUCCAAGCAUGCUACAGUAGUGACUCUCCACUCAGCAGCACUGUUUGAUCCAAAAGAAACGUGCCUUGUAAGGAAGCAGGAUGUUCACAGGCUCCACCAAACUGCCACCCACUAAGACCCCGCAGCCCGAGCGGCUGGAUGAAGUGUACGCUGCCUUACGCAGAGGCUUACAGUCGUACCUGCAGGUCCACCAGCUGGAGCUGGACAGUCUGGGUCAGCAGACCAGAGAGAACAAGAGGAACGGUCGUUUGGGCUCUUUGUAUGAGUUGGAUAAGCAAGUGAAAGCCAUAGAGAGGUUUAUGCGCCGCCUGGAAUUCCACCUCAGCAAGGUUGAGGAGCUGUAUGAUGCUUAUUGUAUACAGCGGCGACUGCGUGACGGAGCAAGUAAGAUGGUGGCGGCCUUUAACUCGGCCACUGGCAGCAAGGAGGCCAGAGAGAGCCUGAGUGAAGCCAACAAGGGCUACAGGGAGUGUACAGAGCACAUGUGCUCACUUGAAAGCGAAUUAGAAAGCCAGAUGGGAGAAUUUCAUGUCAAGAUGAAGGGCCUGGCUGGCUUUGCACGGCUGUGUGCUGGUGACCAGUAUGAGGUCCUAAUGCGAUACGGGCGGCAACGCUGGAGGCUACGAGGCCGCGUGGAAGUCAGCAACAAGCAGAUAUGGGACAGUGAAGAGUACAUCUUCCUGCCUCUCGUCACAGAACUGCUGUCAAUCAAGGUGACAGAGCUUAAGAGCCUGGCCAAUCACGUGGUGGUGGGCAGCGUGUCUUGUGAAAUGCUCGACCUGUUCUGCCCACUUCCCCAGACGCUUGCCGUGGACAUCAAUGACCUCGGGACAGUGAAGCUGAACUUGGAGGUCACCUGGAGUCCGUUUGAUAAGGACGACCAAACAUCCUCCACCAGUACAGUCUCCAAACGGCUGCUGUCCAAUCAGAGCCCUCCAGACACGCCCUCUAUGCGGGAGCAGGUGUUUUAUUCUCUGCUGAAGCGUCAGGGAGAAAUGGAGAACGGGACCGUCUGGUCCAACUCCUCGGAGUCCUCAGACGACUCCUCCAGUCCGGCCUUGGCUCAUCACGCUCAGAGGCUGACGGCCUCCAACAUGCUGCAAACCACUCUCACCAGUCAGCUGUCAUUCACGCCGCACAAGUCCAGCGCGUCGACGCCGUCGCUCUCAUCCAACCAAGAGGAGGACGAGACAGAAGCCGGGGAAGUUUUCUCUCAGAUGGACGCGGUGCCCAACGGCCACCUGCAGACUUCCUGCUCACAUAGUCCGGACUGUACUGUGACUGACCGAGCGUCUGUCCAAUCAGCCGAGCUCUGUGAAACCUCAGCUGACCUGAGCUGCUCGUGCCCCGACGUUUCCUCCGUGUCUCCUGUGUCACUGAUGGAGACUCAGGGUUUGUCUGAAAGUGGCGUCCCACAAGUGUGUAUUUCAGCAGAGGAGGUAAAAGACAAAGCAACCGAGGAGUCGUCAGUACAGGCAGGACAGACUGAAGCAGAGACGGAGGACAGCACCACUGAAGCAGGAGAGGGACGCCAGGUAGAAGCAUCAGAGAAACACGUUCAGCCACUUCAGUCCGUCCAGGAACCAAAACAACCGGAGGACGCUCCUACGGCUCCUUUUCCUAAUUCUACUAGUUUCACUCUGGAAGUUGAAACAGCACUUGAAAGUUUUGACUUUCUCAACUGCUCUGACCUCGAGGAAGAUGACGAGGAAGAGGAGGAACAACAGGAAGACGGAGAAAAGAGGGAGGAUGACGACGACGGGCAACAUAAGGAGAACCAAAACAAAGUGGAGGAAGAGAAAACGGAGGAGGAAGAAAAGGAUGAAGACAACUUUUACUCUGGAGGAAGCGAUGAGGAGGAGGCAGACGGUCUACAGAUCCUUAUGGAGGCCCCAGAGGGAUUCAGAAACUCUGAUGAAGAUCGAUUUUCUGAAUCACAGGAGUCAAGUAUUGAGGACGGGCAGGAUCUGUGUCAGAUGGAGAUGCCUGAGGAGAAGGAGGAGCACAGUGAGGAGAAGGAGGAGCACAGCGAGGAGAAGGAGGAGCACAGUGAGGAGAGGGAGAGAGAGGACACGUCACAUGAACAGGAGGAGCGUCCCUCUACUCCCACCCAUCUGGCCACAGCUGUCUUCUAA